UGAUGCUCUGCUUACAGCUAAACAUGAAAUCCUGCGAGAUAUUUCUCUUUAUUCUUCUUUUGAAAUGUAAGGACAUUACAACUAAUGCUGAAGAAGUCACCUGUCAUGAGCAAGAUCUCAAUAAUGUUCACAUUUUAAUGGGACAUCCAGGAAUCAAUCCACCUUACACAUCUGGACAUGUCUUAGUUUUCAAAUGCACUGAUGUCAACAUGAUGAUGUACGGCCAGCGAGCAAUCGAAUGCCGGUCAGAUGGUAACUGGGAUAAUCCAUUUCCACAAUGUGGAGUUAAAGCUUUUUGUACAAAGCCUCUUCUGACAUUAACCAAUUCAAGACUUAUUGAUGAGAGGACAUAUUCUCACGGAGACACAAUACGCUAUGAGUGUGAUGAUGGAUAUGAAUCUAUGGGAGAGACCAUCGCUAAGUGUGAUGGACAAACUUGGAUUUACCCAGAAUGCAUUCGCAGCAUUUGUCCUCCACCACCUGAAAUUGAAAAUGGAGAUUUUAUCACUAAGGAUAUGACCAGUGAGGUCAUCAUGGAGGUACAAUACUCUUGCCAAUCUUACUAUGUGCUGAAUGAACCGAGAAAACAUUACAGGUGUAGAGAUGGGAGAUGGGAAACCCCUCCAAAAUGUCUGAAGCCAUGCAAACUUACAGAUGAGAUUUAUACUGAUUACAAUAUACAACCCAUCAGAGUUAACUACGUGAAGCACAGUGAUCGAGAGAUUUCAUUUAAAUGUAAUGAGGGAUGGAAUUCUGGAGAUUGGAAAAGAUCAGAUUAUGUGAAGGGAACAUGCUCUGAUGGGAAGAUAAAUAUACAUAAAAAAUGUGAGUACAUGUUAGUCUGUUUUCACUUCACACAUUAAUGACAGAGCUGUAGUCACACUGGACAUCUGAAUGUGUUUUAUCAAAGAUCAAUUCUGCAUUUUAUUAAGUAAUAUAUUACCCUGAUAAGUUUACCCACAGUACCCACAAUAAUAUUGUGUUUAUCCUUUUCUAUUCCCUCUGCGAGGAGAUGCAGAGGAGCUAACAUUACCCAGGAGGACCACACAAGAAAGGAUGUGCAAGCUAAGCAGUAUUAUAAUAUAACUUACACCCAAUUUAUUCCAAUUAUGAUUGUAAAAAUGAUUUCUAACUUGAUUUGCAUUGCCAUGCAACAAGGACUUAUAGUACAAUUACAAAAUGCUAAAAAUUUUCAAGGAAAAACGCAACUUCUCUUGAUGAUCAGCUCGUUUAUUAGCUUAAGCUAUCAAACAAACACUUCACUUAUAUAGCGGAAAUUAGACAAACUUACCGGUCCAGCAGAAGACUGGUAACUUCGACGACGCUUAGCAAACCCUUUCCCUGCUUCAGUGCCCUCCAUUUGGCAAAAGCCACGCUGAUGUUUAUUCAGGUUUUCUGUCGUUUUUUGUCUCGACUUCGCCUUGCUGCAUCGUAUUUUCUCUUUUUGACGACACAGAUUGACGCUCUGUCGGCUCUUGUGCAGAGUAUGUGUGGUCCGCCAUUAGCACAAAUAAGAAAUAAUCGUUUCUAUUUCUAAUAUAAAACACGACAAGUAAGUGUGUUAUUGUUCUUCCUCUUAUUCUGCUAAUCCUUCUAUGUCGUGGCUUUGCAAGCUGCAUCCGAAACACAGCAGGAGAAGAAGAACAUAGUCCCUUGCAUCCUUCGUUUUACGAAACGCGCUUAGUUUGUCCAUGUAGUGCUACUAUAGAAACGUGGCUUUGCAAUUUGAUAUAUUACAUGUAAGGGUGUGCCCGCGAUGUAUAUACAUAAAAUGGCUCCUUAUAAGGUAAUAUAAACAUUUUGGUUCAUUUUGUAAGGUAUUUCUCCACCAUUUACAACCUAGUUUUGUAUUGUAUAUUACAUUUUGGUAAAUAAAUCCUUCAAAAUUCUA